AUGAAACUGGUCUGGAUUCUCACCUCCUAUCUAGAUGUAUGGAACACACAGAGGCCACUGUUUGAUGGGAACGCCUACGACAAAGAUUCAUUUGAGCAGUACCACAUAUUACGAAGGUUCAGCCCCCACUAUGGUUCACAACAUUCGCUUCCAGAAACACUCCUGAAAGAAAUUUCGCGAAGAUUUGAUCAUUUUUUUCUCGUCUAUACAAUUCAUGCCCUGAGUGAACAUGCCACUGUCCAUAGCUGUCCUGACGGGAUGGUGAAAUUCUGCUUCAGAGAGGACUUUUCGAGGAACGCUUUUAGGACGGAUGUUCAGGCGCAGAACAAAAUCCUUUCUGUUGAACCUCCAUUGUCUACUGUGUCUGCGUCACUGUUGCCGGAGUCUGUUGAUAGCGCGGAUUUCAAUAUUCCGAACUUUGCGAAUGCUGCUCAGGCCAAGGCAACUCCACCCGGAACCGCUUCAACCGACACAAUUUUGGACGCGGAACUUAGAAUUGCUAAUUCAAGAAAUGGCGUCGAUACAAAUGACGUAGCAAAGAAAGACUGUGCAGAUGAGAAAUGGGAGAUGGAGUUAUUCGAACGGGUAAAACAUGAUCCGUCUGUACCAGCGUAUUUUAAAACAACAUUUGGCAUACUUGCCGCUAAUAAUCGGGAUCUUCGAGAGGAGAGAUCGUUUCUUCAGUCUCGGUUAAACCUCUGA